UGCCCGAAUGGAAUCCCACUUAAUUUAAAGUUCCAAUCAGCCCAUUGGGCCCGUAAACGAUAACGACCAGAUUCUAGAGGAAGCUGCAACCCGACAAGAUAGGGACCGCAGCCAACAAAUAAAGUCCACGUGGACUUCGGAAGUACAAAGAAACGAACACUCAGCACCCGCCACUUUCCGCCACGUGUUUGCUCCCACCGCACUCUACUCCUCCAGCCGGGCAGCGUCCCCCACCUCGUCCUUGCCUGUUCUGCUCAAAAAAACCAAACAACCACAGCAGAAAAGAAGAAACACUGCUACUAAAGGCUAGGACCAGAGAAAAAUGGAAGACGAAAGGUCACGCUCGAUUCUUCAGCUAAUGGUGAAGGAGGGGCUGGUGCCAUCUCCAGAAGAAGAAGAGAAGAGGAAAAAUGUCGUUGAACAACUUAAAAAAAUAGUAAUGGCGUGGGUUAAGCGAGUAGCUUGGCAACGUCUCCUCCCUAGGCAAGAUAUCGCUGCAACCAGUGCCACCGUUUUAACAUAUGGGUCUUACGCCCUUGGGGUUCAUGGUCCAGAGUCGGACAUCGAUGCUUUAUGCAUUGGUCCUUACUUUGCCACCAUGGCAGAGGAUUUUUUUGUUGUUCUGUAUAGCAUGCUUAAGAGCAGACCAGAGGUAUCUGAGAUCCAUUGCGUGCAGGAUGCGAAAGUACCCUUAAUGCGGUUUAAGUUCGAUGGAAUCUCAAUGGAUCUUCCCUAUACGCGGCUUAAAGUGUUAGCUGUUACUGAGAACGUGGACAUAUUCAAUCCGUUCUUUCUGAGUGAUAUUGAUGAAACUGGUUGGAAAAGCUUGUCUGGAGUGCGUGCAAACAAGCGGAUUUGUCAGCUUGUUCCAAACUUGGAGAAAUUCCAGUCAAUGUUACGAUGUGUCAAAUUAUGGGCAAAGAGGCGAGGAGUUUAUGGGAAUUUAAAUGGAUUUCUUGGAGGAAUUCAUUUGGCAAUUCUUGCUGCUUUUGUUUGUCAGUGUGAUCCAAAUGCCAGUUUGAGUGCUCUAAUUUCAAAUUUCUUCAAGACAUUUGCCUUAUGGCCUUGGCCUACACCAGUAGUGCUGCGAGAUGGAAUGUCACAACAUACUAUAAAUCCCACAGAGACACAGUUAUUUAUGCCCAUCCGGUUGCCAUGUAAUCCUUAUGAAUAUUGCCGUUGCAAUAUCACCAAAAACACAUUCUAUAAAAUCAGAGCUGAGCUUCUUAGAGGCCACAACUUAACCAAGGAUCUUCUGAAGUCAGAUUUUGACAAUAUAUUGGAGCCUUUUCCAUACACACAGACAUAUACCCGAUUUGUCAAAAUUUUUGUUUCAGCUUCUAAGCAGGAUGAGCUUGGAGACUGGGUGGGUUGGAUAAAGUCUCGCUUUCGCUGUCUUAUCUUGAAGCUUGAGGAGGUACAGGGUCUUUGUGACCCUAAUCCUGCAGAGUACAUUGAUUUGGAUGUGGCAGAGCCAAAUGUCGUUUUCUACUGGGGCUUACAACCAGGCAAGACUAAUGUCAUCGAUAUAGAAUCUCUCAGGGAGGACUUCUGGAGGAAUAUCAGUAAUGGCUAUCAAGGCCUUCUGCGAAGAAUGGAAUUAUCCAUCGUGCAAGCUUCUCAAUUAGCCAAGUAUGCUCAAUUUGAUACCUUGAGCAGGAAAGGAACAAAAGCUAGUUGGAAGAUGAGUGACUGCAACCAACAGAGGAUCCCUAUAUACUCGCAGCAUCUUCCACACUAUGUUGUUGGAUACCUGUCAACAAAUGGGGACUCCGAGUAUCGGAGUGCUGGGGGUUAGAAUUCAUUUUAUGUUCUGAAAUUAAAUUUAAAUUUGCUAUCCUGCUUUUGGAAUUUUGGCUUCCAAUUUUUCUUGGUUGCGUGGUUCAUGAUAGGAUAAAACUAGAAAUUGUAUAAGAAGAUACAGGAAAGUUCAUGAUUGGUGGCGGGUAGAAGCAAAAAGGGGGCUUGUUUUGUAUGUUCUGCAUUAGAUUAUUAUUUCACUUCACAGUCAACAUAAAAAUCACAGUAAGGAUGACUUUAAUUAAAGAUUGGUUCUUGUGCUUUGCAUCA